AUGGCUAUUGUCUUGUGUUAUGUUGAUAGAAUGGGAUCUAUGGUGGUGCGGUUUAUUGGGAUCGUACAUGUUCGUGACACUGGUUCUUUAUAUUUAAAGGAAGCAAUUGUUAAUUACCUUGCUCAGCAUUCUUUGAGUUUAUCUUAUAUACUAUCGUUAUUGAUGCUCGGUCUUGAGAAGAAAGAGCUAAGGAAACAGGAUAUCUUAGAACAUGUCAAACAUUUGAGGUUCCUUUCAUGUUUAAUGAGAGAUGUUUUGGUGAUCACAAAUGAGCUUAAUGCAUCCUUACAAAAGAAAGAACAGGAUAUUACAAAUGUUGUUCUACUUGUUGAUGUGGCAAGAAAACGAUUGCAAAGGCUAAGGGAUGAAGGAUGGGAUCUACUUAUUGAUAAGAUUAUUGAUUGGCAACUUCAUGAACUCAAGGAGUGUUUUAAUGAGGAGACAACAUAUUUGCUUAUGGGAGUCGCUUGCUUGAAUCCAGUUGACUCAUUUUCUAGUUUUGACAUCAAGAAGAUACUGAGAGUGACUGAAUUAUAUCCUGAUGAUUUUGAUGAAAAUAUUAUGAUUACUCUUGAGAAUCAGCUUGCGACUUAUAUCGUUAAUAUCCGUGAUGUUGAUGAAAGGUUCUCUAAUUUAAAAGGACUUAGUGAUCUUUCUGAAAAGCUAGUUAAGACAAAGAAGCAUUUGAAUUAUCCAUUUGUGUUUCGCCUAGUGAAAUUUGCGUUGCUCCUGCCAGUUGCCACUGCUACAGUUGAAAGAACUUUUUCCACAAUGAAGUUGAUCAAGAGUGAAUUGUGA